GGAAGGUGCCGUUCGCGUCGCGGGAAGGCACUUGGGGGAACACUUUUGCGUCCGAGCCGUGGCUGCAGGUCCUCGGGGCGAAUGUAUACGGCUCGGGAGCACUUGGGGGGAACCUGGGGAGCUCUAACCGGGCUCUUUGGGGCGCGGGGCACGGCAGGAGGUUUGGGCGCGGAACUGUGUUGUGAGGAUUUCUCAUUCCCAGACCUUGGCCAGAUGGAGGAGGAGGCUGUGAGGAAGAGGAAGAUGCCCCAGAACACCCAGGCAGACAAGGAGCUGAGGAUGGAAAUCAGGGAGGACAAAUCCCCACGGCAGAACCUCCUGAAAGAGGCCAUUUUUAGGGGCACCACAGUGCAGGAAUUGAACGGGAAGGAAAAUCCCCAGAAAUCCUGCAGGAGGAGAGUCUCCAAACCCAGCCCAGGGAGCUCUGAGGAUGAAAGACCCACCCUGUGCUGGGAAGGCGGCCGGAGAUCCAGCCAGGGCUCUGAGCUGGUGGUCCAUGAGCAGCUUCAGGAUGGGGAGAAGCCCUACAAGUGCUUGGAGUGUGGGAAGAGCUUCAGCCAGAGCAACCGUCUGAUCCGCCACCAGAUGAUCCACACCGGGGAAUGGGCCUAUCAGUGUGGGGAAUGUGGGAAGGGCUUCAGCUGCAACUCCAACCUUGUUACCCACCAGCGCAUCCACACCGGGGAGAGGCCCUACGAGUGUCUCCAGUGUGGGAAUAGGUUUCAGACCAGCUCCAGUCUCGUCAUUCACCAGAGGAUUCACAGAGAGGAGAGGCCCUUCCGCUGCCCUGACUGCAGGAAGGGCUUCAAGCACAACUCCAACCUCAUCAACCACCGGCGCAUCCACACUGGGGAGAGGCCCUAUGAGUGUGGGGAAUGUGGGAUGACCUUCAGCCGGAGGUCCCAGCUGAUCAUCCACCAGAUGAUCCACACUGGGGAGAGACCCUACGAGUGUCCCGAGUGUGGGAAGAGGUUUCAGACCAGCUCUGAUCUCCUUGUGCACCAGCGGAUUCACACAGAGGAGAGGCCCUUCCGCUGCCCUGACUGUGGGAAGGGCUUCAAGCGAAACUUCCACCUUGUCAGGCACCAGCGCAUCCACACUGGGGAGAGGCCAUACAUGUGUCCCGAGUGUGGGAAGAGGUUUCAGACCAGCUCCUAUCUCCUCGUGCACCAGCGGAUUCACAGAGAGGAGAGGCCCUUCUGCUGCCCUGACUGCGGCAAGGGCUUCAAGCGAAACUCCACCCUUGUCAGGCACCGGCGCAUCCACACUGGGGAGAGGCCCUACCGGUGUCCUGAGUGUGGGAAGAGCUUCUCUGUGAGUUCUCACUUGAUCAAACACCAACGAAGGCACCGGUAGGGAAAGCUCAAGUAAGAAGGAGUGCCCAAGUGCUGGAAUAGCUUUGUGUGCUGCACCAGUUCCCUCCCCCAUCAGAGGACUCACAUUGGGCAGAGCCCUGAUGAGUCACAUUCCCAGUGAUCUGCAUUGGGAAGACACUGGGCUGGUGAUCAUUUUGAUUUGGCUCUAAUUAUCUUUUGAUUCAUCUUCAUCCCUUUAAAACAGACAAAAAUUGGGGUAAUAAUCAACAGAUUCAUCAAAGGCAUCUAAAGCCUUACUUUUAAUAGUGCUACAAGAGAAUCUGGGAUUCAGGGACGUACAUGGGAGCGUUUUGGGGGAUAUUUGGUAUCGUUGUCUCCAUUUCUUGGCACUCAACGAGAUGAGAGAGUUUGAUCUGUCACCUCAAAACCACUCAAUGCCAUUGAAAACUACUCAGUCCCACCCCAAAAUUACCAGAUUCCACAGCCCCUCAGGGUGUGAUGCCUUAAGUUUUAGCUUUCAUAUUUUUCAUAUUCUGCGCUGCCUAGGUUUGUAGUUUUGAACUUCAUAUCAAGUGUUAGUGAGCUCUCUUCACAGAGUAGGUAGACAAAACAAUUCCUUUUCUAGCUUGAUACAAAGGACAGCUGUGACGAGUUUCAGGCCCAAAAGCAUAAACAAGUGUGGCCUGAAGAGAGAAAACAGGAAGGAGGUGACUUAAUCAUCUGAAGCUGUAAUUGGACCAUGAACCCCAAUAUGCAGAUGGACCUAAACUUCUAAAAAUGUGAGACCUCGUGAUCAGUUGUCCAUUUUUGUGACCAUUUUCAGUCCAUCCUGGGUGUAGCCCUGGCCAGGCUCUUGUACUGCCCCAGGUGUAUCCUUUAAGGCCUUGUAAUAAAUGUUAUUCUUAACUCUG